AUGGCACCAGACCCCACCAGCGGCAGUAACAUUCGGGUCUUCGUCCACUGGAACGACGACACCGUCUUUGCCGGCGAGGAUGUUGGCUGCACAAUCAUCUUCAAGAACGUGGCCCCGGAGCCGAACCAGGUGCCGAAUGGGCGGCGAACGGCGUACGGUCGAGCAAAGGCCGCAGCCGACCUGUCGUCGACGUCGCCAGGGACGGUGAGAGGGCAUCGUCGCUCGGCUCUGUCGCUGAGCAUGCCCUCGUCCAACGCCCGUAGCCUAUCGGGAUCGGUGCAGUGGCCGCAUCCGGCGAACAGCGAGGAUGACUGGAAGGACGGUCACGCCCGCAGACGAUCCGUCUCCAUCGUCUCCAUCGGUUCCGCCGGCACGAGCACCACCGACGACGACCAUUCGCAUCCCCAGCGUGGCCACGAAACCAGCACACGACCGCAGCGACAACCGCGGGGCCACAGUAGAGCCGUCAGCUUGCAGGUAGUCUCCAAGAUGCAUGCCCUCUCGACCUCGGGGAAUCAUUCAUCAGCGACCGCUGCGAGAAACAUCACCUCACCCCUGUUUCACACGUCGUAUCCUGCCGACCUACAGGGACGCUCCCAAAGUGUGUCGGAAACGUCCAAAUCGCCGAAUCUGACGGUCGCCCGGAACUUCUCGAGGACCUCUCCAGUCUCCAUGCCAGAUUUCCGUUUCCCCGCUGCCCCGGCGCCGUCAAAUGAGUCGCAGCCGACCGCCAGAAAGUCGACUUCCGUUGGUAGCCUGCUCAGCGCGAGGCCAGCGUCUCAAGAUCACAACCACCUUUCCAUACGGACAAAAGACCUUGUCCAUAGCCCCAAGGACCGACCAGCCGCCCGCAUCCUGUCCAGCACGAGCGCUUCGGGAGGGACGCCACGGAGCAGCGGCGAGUUCUACUCCGUGAGCAACAACUCGUCGGAGACGUUGGCGUCCGAGCACGUCUCCCACCCUCUGAUACGGAGCCAAGGGCGGGCACCGCAACUACGGCGGAGCUUGGGCGUGCCUCCGCAGCAGCCAAAGAUGCCCGAGUCGCUGAUGAUGGGUUACGCCCAGAUUCAGGGCUCCUUCACCCUUGACAGCUCCCUCGUUGGCCUCGGCGCCUUCGAGCAAGUGAAGAAGAAAGCGACGGUCGGCGGCCGUGGCGGCGGCGUCGUUGGCCUUGAGCCGACCCGUAGGGACAGCGGACUCUUCCGCAGCUUCGGCUGGGGGAACAUAAGCAACUCGCUCGGCGGCCUCUUGGGUGGCGGAGAGUUGAGCACGAUACAGGAGAUGCGAGGAGCGGCCAACUCCAAAAACGUGCCACUGCUGAGCACGCCGCAAUCCAUCCUGUUUGUGGACCUGCAGCUCGCGCCGGGGGAAAGCCGAGUGUUCGAGUACACCUUCAAGCUGCCGAAGGGCCUGCCGCCGUCACACAAGGGCAAGGCAGUCAAGAUUUCCUACGGCCUCGUCAUCGGCACCCAGCGAGCGGGAGGGGCCAAGGAGCAGCAGCUUCACUCGGUCGAGAUCCCGUUCCGCGUUCUCGGAAGCAUCAACAGUCGCGGCGAGAUCCUCGGCCACGACUUGAUGAGCCCUUACAUCUUGAUGCGGGACGAGGCCAGGGUUGUCUGUCUCGGAAAGAACAAGACAGCGGCUCAUGGGCACGAGGACGGCUGCGACACGCCCACGACGGUGAACGAGUUCCUCACGUAUGUUGACGAGCUUGCGAUGCGGCCGAGGGAUGACGGCGGCGCCUUGAUGUCGCCAACUGACGGGAGGCGGCCAACGAUGCUCAGGGAGGCCAUGACCGCCAACGAGGCCAUUCAUCUCGCCAUCAUGCGGAGCAACCUGGCGGGCGAGGGCCAGCAGAGCCCAAACCGAUUCGAGAUCGCGCGCAACGGACGGCGAGUCGGCACCGUCAUGCUAACGCGACCGGCCUAUCGUCUGGGCGAGGUGGUGACGAUGGUGAUGGAUUUCACCGAUGCCGACAUACCAUGCUACUCCGUGCACGCCACGCUGGAGACGUCGGAGAAGAUUGACCCGUCGCUGGCGAUACGGACGGAUUCAAGCAUUCACCGAGUGACGAGAAGAAUCUACUCGACCUCGUCCGAGUCUGCCCUCUACUCCCGACGCAUUGUCUUCACGCCUACGAUUCCCAUAGCGGCCACGCCCGAGUUUGUGACGAGCGGCGUGAGCCUGGAGUGGAAGAUCCGGGUCGAGUUUGUCGUUCCCUUCCAGGGCGACAGGGCGGGAAGCCCGGGAGGAAGCCGGUUGGCGCACCCUUUGCUGGAGCAGAUGUCACAAGACGAGAAGGGCGGCUUGGUGCUCGUGGGGGUGGAAAAUCUGGCGUGCGAGAGCUUUGACGUGUCGGUGCCGCUGCGGGUGUACGGCGCGGUCGGCCGUGGUCUGGAGCGUUUGGAGCUCGAUGAGGCUUCCGAGGAAGGACUCGCCGUGUGA